AUUUUGUUCUACUAGAUUCGUAUUUAAUGCAGUUUUCAAAAAUUAAAAUGGCUGUAAUACUAAAUAUUCAAGUGUACUUUUUUAUAUUUAUUGUUUUUUUGUAUACUGAAGGAAUAAGUAAUAAAAGAAAAUCCGUCGAUGCAAUAAACUAUUUUCUACACCAUUGCGGAUGGAAAAAUAUAAAUGAUGUGGAACUAAUCAAGUAUAUGAAUAAUGAGUAUAAAUUUGACCAUGUGAUAAAUAAUUCUGUAACAUAUAAUAGUUGUAAUAAAUAUAUACGUAAUGCAACAAUAAUACUUGGUUGUUCAUAUGCUAAUGAUUUAAAUACUAUGUUCUUUGCAAUAAACAAUUUUCAAGAACAUUGUACUAUGCUAUUAAAUUCUAAGAACUCUUUAAUAAGUGCGAACAAAUGUACAGUUAAACUUAUAGAAAAAACAGAAGAAAUUGUUCCGAUGGCAAUACUUAUGAAAGAAGCUUUAAAUGCUAUUGAAAUAUUUCAUAAUAGGCCAUGGGGCAACCACAACAAAAAAAAAAAUGUUAUUUUAAACGAAGUUAUAAAAAAUUUACAGCAAAAUGAAACUAUAAUAAAAUUAAUUCCUUUAUCAAUAAAUAUGAAUUUGAUUGAUGCUGCAUUAUCGACCAUUAAGAAAUUUGUAUUUGCGAGGCGUAAUGAACUUAAAGCGGAUAUGGAAUUUUGUCAACUAAAACCUUUAGAAUUGAAUUCAGAGUGGCAUUUAUGGAAAAACGAAUUUAACACGUUAAAAACUCAAGGAAAAUAUCAAGAAUUUUUCAUUUUUCUUAGUGAUAAAAUUAGUAGUUUAGUACUAACAACAUACCAGAAAAAAUUUGUUGAACUUGGAUUUGUAUUUGAUUCGAACACAAAUCGGACAUUUUUAUCUAUUCCUCCUAACAAUAUCAAGCAAGAUGUCAAACGAAAUCAAAUAAUAAACUCGAUAAAACUUACCAAUGAUGUAGAUGUAAUGGAAUUGAUUAAACAACAAGAAUUACAAAUCAAAAAUGAAGAGGAGAAUUAUUCAGACGUAAUAAUUGAAUAUCCUGAAAAUAUGAAAAUAUUUAACCCUUACGAUACUCAACUAUACACAACCGUAUAAGUAAACAUGUUUACAAACAAAUUUGUGGAAAAUGUUAUUCUAUUAUCACAAUAAGAUAUAUUUAAGCGGAAAAAACUUUAGGUCUUAUCAAAAACGAGUAAUCAGCGGUAUCUUAAUAUAAUAUUGUAGUGUUACUUUUAGAAGUAGAUCAGGUGACAACGAUGUCAAUUUAAAAUAAUAUUUGUUGUCGCUGUUAUACUUAUAAAUUCAUUCUCGGUGUUAUUCAGCUUGGCCUAAAUGACUGGGAUUGUCAAAGUAAUUUAUUAAUCAAUUUGCCCAUGAUUUUACAUAGAGAGCUGUAUGUAAAUAAGCUGUUAUGUGCAACGAAUUGUCUAAUGUAAUAAACUGGAAUAAGUAUAUUAAAAAUAAAUUGAAUUAUUAGCUUACAUAUUCAAAGCUUUAAUUAUAAAAAUUAGACUAUGUUUUGUCUAGAAGAAUAAAAAUUUUUCUUUUUGAAAAUUUAAUCAUAUUUAAAGACAAGAAUGAUCAUAAUUAGUAAAAUGCGCGUGUAUAAAGUAAUUUUGAAUAAAUAUAUAUAACAACAAAAAUAUAGCUGUAAAAUUAUGUCAACGUGAACUACUAUAUUGGUCGGUACACAUAUACUUAUAGUUUAUACUGUGUUCUUAAAGGCUUAUUCUAUGCCUUUACACAAGAUUGACAUUUAAAAUUUUUUUAAUAAUAAUAACAAAUUAGAUUUAUCAGUUUUCUCUGAUGAGGAGGAUAACAAUUUUUCGGAAAGGCGUGAUUCUUUGGAACAAAUCGGAUAUGUAUUAGAAUACAUGUAACAUUAGAAUAUGUUAAUGACGAUGACAAUAAUAAUAUAGAAUUCAUAAAUGAGGCGAUUAGAGAUAUCAAUAAUGAAGCAAUUAAAACUAUUAAUAAUGAUUUAAUUGAAAUGACUAAUUAUAAGGUAGUUGAAAAUACUAAUAAUGAUGAUACUGAAGAUUAAUCAACUAAAUCAAUCAAUAAUUUCUAAUACAACUAUUGUUAGUAUAACUACUUUUCCUGGAUUUUCAAAACGAGUAUUGUCUGGUCAAAUUCGUCUUUUAUAAGACCAAAAAUUGAUUUAAAAAAAUUAAAAGAACGUGGCGUGCCUAUUUAUUAUCCACACCAAUGGAAUAUAUUAUUUUGAAUAUUUUAUUGAAAAUGAUUUAUAAACAAUGGUUAAAUGUACUAAUUUAUAUGUACAGAUUUAAUCGUUCUAUUUUAUUUAAUUAUUUAUCUCAUCAUAAUAUCUUUCCUAUUAAUUGUUACACUAUUCUUAUCUCAACUUCUCUCC